GGAGAGGAGAGGACCGCGGGGCGUCGGGACGGAGCACUGCGCACCGGCUCUGUCGACUGGCACCACGGUUGAAAACGAAGCCAAAGGUGAGCAUCCAGACCAUGACACCUCACCUGCCUCCCUCUGACAGUUGUGUUUGAUCAGCCAGCCACAACUGCUGGGAAUCAGAUUUUCGUCUCUGCACUGAGGGAGAAGAGCCUAUUUGCCUGCACCAGUCCAACUCUCUCAUUCACCCUCAGCCCUGUCUUCUUGCGGCGGAGGCAACACGUGGCCCCACAGAGGGCGAUAAAGAGAAAGAUCCACAUCAAGCACCACAGACUGACAGCGACCUCCCGCCAUCAUGCCCCGCUGCAGAGUGAACCUCAGCACUAUGAUUUUCCUGGUGAUCCUGCAGGGGGCAGCGGUGGUGCUGUUCUGUGGCUGGUACGUCCAGCUCAGCCCCUGCGAACCUGCCCCCUCCAAUGGCAAAGUUCACGUUCUGCUGCUGUCAUCGUGGCGAUCGGGCUCGUCCUUCCUGGGUCAGGUGUUCAGUCAGCAUCCGUCUGUCUUCUACCUUAUGGAGCCCGCUUGGCAUGUGUGGACCAGACUACAGAAACCUGGUGCGCGGGUCCUCCGAAUGGCUGUGAGGGAUCUACUACGGAGCAUAUUCCAAUGUGACUUCUCUGCGAUGGAGGCCUACCUGUCAGAGCGCCACAAUGUGUCCUCCUUGUUUAUGUGGAGUCACAGUCGAGCACUGUGCUCACCACCGGUCUGUCCUCUCACACCGCGCAACGAGUUCAGCAACCAGACUCUGUGCUCCCAGACAUGUGAUGCCUUAGGUCUGCGGGUGGUGGAGGAGGCCUGUUCCACUUACAGUCAUGUGGUGUUAAAAGAAGUGCGAUUUUUUGAGCUGGAAUCCCUUUACCCGCUCUUACAAGACCCAAGCCUAGAUCUCCGCAUCAUCCACCUGGUCCGAGACCCUCGGGCUGUGGUGCGGUCUCGAGAACAGUCAGCCAGAGCCUUCGUGAAUGACGACGCCAUCGUCUUGGAGCAGAGAAACACGCCAGCAGCCGAGGUGCAGUAUAAAGUCAUACAGGAGAUCUGCCGUAGCCAUGUGCGCAUCAAUGAGAGGGCCGUCCUGAAGCCCCCACCGUUUCUUAAAGGCCGCUACAAAAUGGUCCGCUAUGAGGACGUGGCGCGCAACCCACUUGAGGAGAUAAAAGACAUGUAUAAUUUUGUAGGUCUGAAGAUGACCAGUCAGUUGGGGGAAUGGAUCUACAGGGUGACCCACGGAAAAGGCAAAGGCACCAAGAAAGAAGCCUUCAAAAUUACUUCACGAAACGCUGCCGACGUCUCUCAGGCCUGGCGCAGCGUGCUGCCCUACAACAAGGUCAAACGCAUCCAGGAAGUGUGUAAAGGGGCCAUGUCUUUGCUUGGGUACAGGACUGUUAACAGUGACAAAGAACAGAAGAGACUUGAUAUAGAUCUACUAGUGCCACAGGAACCAUAUCAGUUUAGCUGGCUACAAGCUAAAACAGAGCAUCCAAGUGAUGGUUAAAACGUGAAAGACAAAGACAUUCAUACCAAGAGACUACAUGGGACUGAAGUCUGUAUUCUGUAUAGGCUGUAUUGGCUGUUUUAAGUCGUUAUUUUUAAGAAAAUAAUUAUCUUUAUUUAAUGUCCUGCCUUCCACCUUAAUGUUAACUUACAACAUCUCACCAACAAACAAAUAUAGAAAUACCUUGAGGGACAAUCCCGCUUCCAAAAACGUUGAAACGCUGCGUAAAACACAAAUAAUACAGAAAGUGAUCAUUAGCUAAUCCCACUUGACAUAUUGAUAUUGACUCAACUGAUAACGGUACAAAGACAAUAUAUUCAAUGUUUGACAUGGGCACAGGUACACUUUGUAAACCUGUUGUUGUGAGCAGUUUGCAUGCAAAUACUUGCAGUCUGCUUUUAUUCAGGUUUUACAGCAUCCCAACUUUUUGGAAUGGAGGUUGUAUAAGAUACUAUUUACGAUCCAAGGAUAUUAGGCUGAUAACAGGAAAUAUUAAUAUGUUCAUUCAUGGUACAGAACACAUAUACCUCUCAGCCCAAGCCCCUACCUUCUGUAAACAUAACACACACACAUUUCACAUUGAUUCUUUGUCCAGUGUUCUCCAUCGGACCCCCCCCUCCCCUUCCCAGCCAAUGCCACAAGUUAUUUUCUAAGUCUUAUAGGGCCUCAUAAAUUUCCCCACCCCUAAAAAUGCUUUAUUUUUAUCUUCAGGCAAAUCAUUUCUCACCAGUUCUCUCCAAAUCUGUUUAUAAAGUUGGGGCCUUUGUGUAUUUUCAUUGUUCUCAAAUGAACUUCCUAAGGGAAACAUAAUCUGUGAAGCAAACAGUAAACAUCUUAUUUAUUUCAGCACAGCUCAGCUGAGGAUGCUGGCUUUUUGAUUUACAAAUAAUUGAUAUCUAUUCUUGGAUUUCAUUCCACACUUCACUCACUUUUCUACAAAACCAGAAGGAAUGCUUGAUGGAGCCACAUUUGACACACUGAACAGCGAAUCUAGAUAAAAUAUGUGAAUUUUAUCUCCAGUGUGGUUUGAAUAUUGUAGUCAUCAAUUUGUAUUAAGUAUAGAUUUUCAUUUGUGGCAGUGCUGUUAGUGAGAGACAAGCAUUUCUCUCACCAUGCUGUUUAUUCUGCCCACAUUGUUCUCCUUCUUUAAACAGAUCAUCCUCAAAGGGUCCUGACACCGAAUCAUAGUGUAAAUGGAAGUUUUCACUAAUCCAUUUUUUUAGUUGGAAAUAUUUAAACAAAUUCUUGAUUCGUUGAUGUGAAUUUGUUCUGACGUUCAGUAAAUGUUGGAAGCCUGUUAGGUAUAAUUAUAUCUAAUGAAUGUUUAAUUCUUCUUGUUCUCCAAGUGCCCUUUUCAUCUCCACAUUUUGGAGUUUUAUUGAUGGAUUAUUCCAGUCUGUGUGUUUGUAGAGAUACUAAAUUGCACUCCUAAUAUUUUUUCAAACGUGUUCCAGGAUUUUAAUGUGCUAUUUAUAACAAAGUGAGAUAUUGUGUUUUGUAAACAUAGAUGUAAAUAGGUUGUGCAGGGUUCUUCAGACGAGUUAUUAAUUAUACAAUCUAUUAAAAACAGCUGUGAGGCUGAAGCUGUUCUGAAUUAGGAAAUUGAAGACUUCUGUUCUUGCCUUUUGACGAUGAGGUAAACACAUCAUUUAAAACAGAUUUGUCCUUUCUGUUUCAUUAGUGGACAGGGCGGACCAUUUGUUAAUGCCGCUUUCCAGUUUGCUCUUUAGAGACAGAGCAUUAUCUUUGUAUAAUUGUUUUUUUUCAGAACUCAUAUUGCAACCUAGGUUUCUUUUCAUUUUUUCACUUGAAAAUUGAAAUUGGAAAAAGUCUUCUGGAACGUCACAAGAUCCUUAAUCAGCUCAUUUUUCUUUAAUGUUUAUCUUAUAACAUGAUAUUUUGCAGAAAUCAUCUAUGAACUCUUGCCUUUAAAGGAUAUGUUCUAGUAUUAGUUAAAUACACAAUAACAUCAAAUCACCAGCAAAUAACUCCAAUUUAUAUUUUUCUUAAUCUAUAUUUCUGCCUCUCACUUCCUCGGCCUGUCUAAUUCCCUGAGCCAAAGGUUCGAUUGCCAGCACGAGUAAGGAGGGAGGUAACAGGCAGCCUUGUAUCGUGCCUCUGUUUAAUCUAAAUGUUGCAGAUUAAGAUCCGUUAAUAUGAAACUGUGCUGUUGGUGACUUAUAAAUUAUCUUUAUCAUGGUAGUUUUUUCUUGAGUAAUUCAAACAUUUCUAAUUCCAGGGCGUCUAAAGCUUCCUCUGCACGGACCACCAUCAGUGUCAAGUCUACUUUUUGAGUCUUGGGAUAUUGUUUUAAUGAAAAACAGGUUCUAAUAUUUGUUUUAAGGGUUCUGUUUUGUAUAAAGAAGGUUUGAUUGUAGUGAAUUAUACCUGGGAGUACCUUGGCUGUUGGAUUGUUUGGGACUUUGGUCGUGAUUUCAUGGUCGACACUCAGAUGGAGUAUUACCCUCCGUCCUGGUUUUGGUAUCACAUUGAUAAUUGCUUGUUACAGUGUUUGUGGGACAACAUGGUGCCUCCAUGUAUUAUUAAUGAUAUUUAAAAGUAAUGAGCUAAUCUGU